AUGUUUAACCUACAGCAAUACACAGCUAUCACUUUUCGUUUACCAGUUCAAUGUGUUUGGCUGAAGCUGAAUGGCUCUUGGCCAUUUGUGCCCUCAUCAAGGAAGGAUAACAGCUCAAUGUGUUCUAUACUAUACACCGCGUGGGCUUGGUACGUCAUAGCAUCCGUUGGUAUAACGAUCGGGUUUCAAACAGCAUAUUUGGUAACCCACCUUUCCGAUAUUAUUAUGACUACGGAAAAUUGUUGCACCACAUUCAUGGGCGCCCUAAACUUUGUGAGAUUGCUUCAUUUACGAUUUAACCAGCGAAAAUUUCGGCAAUUAAUUGAACAAUUUGAACGCGAUAUUUGGAUUCCAGAAAACACCCACAUCAGUGUUAACGCCGAGUGCCAUAAGCGAAUGUUUACCUUUACCAUCAUGACGGGUCUGCUUUCCUGCCUAAUAUGUAUGUACUGCGCCCUGCCGUUGGUGGAAAUAUUCUUUCGUACUGGAGUAGACGCAGUAGAGAAACCAUUUCCCUAUAAAAUGCUGUUCCCAUACGAUCCGUACAGCAGUUGGAUGCGUUAUGUCUUCACCUACAUGUUUACGUCGUAUGCCGGAAUUUGUGUGGUGACCACAUUGUUUGCCGAAGAUUCAAUUUUUGGGUUUUUCAUAACGUACACCUGUGGACAGUUCCGACUGCUGCAUGAACGUGUCGACAACGUACUGACUGCGGCUAAAGAACGAGCUGACGAGCAACAUUUGCAGCUGCAACGACUGCACAAUAUUGUUCAACAGCACAACAAAAUUAUCAGGUUCGCCAAGUGUUUGGAAGACUUUUUUAAUCCCAUACUCUUGGUGAAUCUAAUGAUAUCAUCGCUUCUAAUUUGCAUGGUUGGUUUUCAAAUAAUUACUGGACAAAAUAUGUUCAUUGGAGAAUACGUUAAAUUUAUUGUGUACAUAUCCUCCGCGAUUUCACAGUUAUAUGUGCUUUGUGAAAAUGGUGAUGCGUUGAUUAUACACUCCACAAAUACAGCACGCCACCUCUAUGGAUGUGAUUGGGAGAAUCCAGACAUACGCAAUUUUUAUUCAUACACUUCCAUGAGCCAUCAGUUCCGCAAUGACUUAAAAUUUAUGAUACUGUGUAGUCAACGACCAGUCAGAAUAACGGCGUUUAAAUUUUCAACUCUCUCUCUUCAAAGCUUUACGGCGAUUCUAAGUACAUCAAUGAGCUAUUUCACAUUACUGCGGAAUCUAAGGAAGCAAGACAAUUCUUUCAUUUCAACUGAACGGUAA